AUGGAUUCAAAUGACUCCAUGAAUCCAUAUCAUCCCUCCUCUAGCUAUAUGAACCUGUUGCACAGUCAACUUGAUAACCAAAACCUUGAAUACACUCAUCUUGAUAGUCCAAUUUCUGAAAUUCCAUCUGAACCUCCAUCCCCUCAAGAAAAUCGCAAGUCAAGAAAAGCAUGGUUACCAACAGAUGAUAUCAUGUUGAGAGAGGCGAGUCAAUGUAAGCAGAGGUGGGGGAGGAUAAGCGACUUGGUGUGCAAGUUUGUUGGCUGUUACGAGGCUGCGACUAGGGAGAAGUCUAGUGGACAGAAUGAAGAUGAUGUGAUUUUGUUAGCACAUCAGAUUUACUUUAAUGAUCAUGGACAGAAGUUUACCCUUGAGCAUGCAUGGCUUCACUUAAGAUACGAUAAAAAAUGGUGUGCCUCCAUCAGUAAAGGUAAUGGAGUGAAAAGGGGAAGAGUGAAUAUUGAUGGGUCUGAACAGGAUGCACACCAACCGAUUGAUGUGGAUGAAUCAUUGCCCCGUCCUCCUGGUGUUAAGGCUGCCAAGGAGAAGUCCAAAAAAUCCUCUAACACCCAACCGAUUGAUGUGGAGGAAGAUGGGAAAGCUUACUUGGAGUUUCAGUUGGAGCGUGUGUCGAGGAUGUAUGAGAUGAAGCAGAAGGAUUUCGAGUUGAAAGAGAGGGAGUUUGCUAUGAAGAAGGAGUAUAUCAAGCAUGUGAUGCUUGAUAAUCUGACUGCUAAAAAGGAUUCACUAACUGAAUCAGAAAAAGCUCUUAAGGAUAAGCUAAUUGAUGACAUGAUGUCAUCUUGA